UCGAUCGAGAGUCGAAUUAAGUCGUCACCUCGCGGUUGGAAGGUGCGAAACGGCUUGACCCCUAUGACAGGGCGUGCCGGUAUAUUGGCAGCAACUUAGUAUCUCUCGUGAAUACACCCGAAAACGUUCAUCUUCAUUUUCCUGUUGGAGAAAAAGCGAUUCUGACACGGGUGCACAAGGUGAGAGGUGUGCGGUGCGGUGUAUUGGAGGCCAGAGAGCGGUUCAAACCUGGUCCAGCUAAAGACCCAUAGCGCAGACAGACAUGGCGGCAAUCCGCAAGAAGCUGGUCAUAGUCGGCGACGGUGCCUGCGGUAAGACGUGCCUGCUGAUCGUCUUCAGCAAGGACCAGUUCCCCGAGGUGUACGUGCCCACCGUCUUCGAGAACUACGUGGCCGACAUCGAGGUGGACGGCAAACAGGUGGAGCUGGCCUUGUGGGACACGGCCGGGCAGGAAGACUACGACAGACUAAGGCCGCUCUCGUAUCCAGACACGGACGUCAUCCUCAUGUGCUUCUCGAUCGACUCGCCGGACUCGUUGGAGAACAUCCCCGAGAAGUGGACCCCCGAGGUGAAGCACUUCUGCCCCAACGUGCCCAUCAUCCUAGUAGGCAACAAAAAGGACCUGCGCAACGACCCCAACACCAUCAAGGAGUUGGCCAAGAUGAAGCAGGAGCCCGUCAAGCCCGAGGAGGGCCGCGUCAUGGCCGAGAAAAUCAACGCGUUUGACUACCUCGAGUGCUCGGCCAAGAGCAAGGAGGGUGUGCGCGAGGUGUUUGAAACGGCUACCCGGGCCGCCUUGCAAGUCAAGAAGAAGAAGAAGAGCAAGUGCUGUCUCCUGUAAACCGCACCCAUUCUUCUUCUUCUUCUCGUCUCUUUAAAACUACUACAAAAACGAAAACAAACAAACAAACAAAAACAAAAAAGAUUAUACUUCGCAACAGCCACACACAUGAUGUAUUAGAUUUUCCUGGGGGCCGCGCCGGCGCCCGCGGAACGGCCCCCAGCCGCUGGGGACCGUUGCGCGGUGCGAGGGUCGCACUCGGACGAGAUUGUGGCCCUGAAGCCGCCUCCAGUUUUGUCUGCCUCUUGUUCCUUGCUUAUUUCGUGGGAUACUCCCGCGACGAGGUCCGACGCUCUUUCCUGAGCCGCCAGCUUGGAUCUGGUGCUGGAACGAAAACAGCCGCAUUGUGGAAACACUUGGUAAUUUUAUGUGCACUAAUAAGAUUCGCAUAAGGUUUCUAUCAUCAGAAGUUCUGGAAUAUCGCUGUUGUUGUAACUAUGAUUAGAGCAAUAUGCAAUUGUAAUUAUUUUUCUAUUUUUUCCAAGAUGGAAUAAAUCAACAGUGUACUUCCUCUCGAACAGCAAGGAUCAGUGUGGAACUGUAGUCUAAAUCCACUAAAACAUAAAAUGCUAUUUGAAUAAUAAUAAUUAUGAUUAUAUAUUGCAGUUACUUUUAAUGUGUAAAACCAAAUGAGCUGCUUGCGCGUCAUUUGCGUCUCCAACUCUAUCAAGUGAAUGUUGAGGAGUCCUGUAGCGUCUGUCUCUUUUUAACGCCUGAAAGGGUCGUCAUGCUUGAUUAUUGUAGUCUUAAGGAAUACUAUUAUUUAAACUUUUCUAGAUUUAGGCUUUGCAUCCGGAGCGCGUUUAAAAAAAGAGGAAAAAAUAAUAUGGAUAUUCUUCCAGAUUUACGAGCUGAAUUUUCGAAGCAAGCUUAAUUAAUUUUGAAAAUUCAUUUCGUGCACAAAGAAAAAUAUGUAUUUCAUCGUUCCAAUCUAUUAUGACAAAAAAAAAAAAAAGAAAUGUCCACUAACACAAAAUUGCCUUUAAUUUCCAGUUACGUGUUUGUCGCCGUCUUAGUUUGAAAUUGGUCAAAAUUGUUGUAAGCACUGCCACCCAUGUUUUCUCCUUCCCCCUUUAAAAACGUUUAGUUGGCACUAACAGACCUUCUUGCAAAAGAAGCCUUGAUUCAGUUAAUACACACCUUAGUUGCGUUUCUAAUUUAGCCGAGCAAAAUGAAUGAGAACCUUAUAAUAUCUCUGAUCAUUUAAAAGCUAUUUUAUAAGUAAAUACAUAUUUUGUAAUGUGUUAUGAAAAUAUAAAAAUGUUUUCAAAGAAA